AUGUCUCCAGGCAUUUUCGCCAACUAUCCUGCUACUUCAAUCGUGAUCGCCGCGCUCGCAGUUGCUCUUUCGGCUUACGAUGGACAUGAUCCUAACAAGCCGCGUGAUGUGUAUGGCCCUGGGGGCUCAUACUCUGUGUUUGCCGGAAAGGAUGGCUCGAAAGGACUGGGACUAUCAUCACUAAAGGCUGAAGAUGCCGUUCCAGAUUGGAGUACACUGGAGGGGAAGGAGAGGGGGGUUCUUAACGAUUGGCACGCAUUCUUCUCUAAGCGUUACAAUGUCGUUGGAAAGGUCUCCGACCUGCCAGCAAAUGUCGCUCCCCUACAAACAAAAAUUGAGUACAGCCCUCAAUAG